AUGGCCGGCCACCCUUUGCGUGAGGCACCGCGAGACCUCUCCGCCAUCGCCAAACAAGAAGAAUCCCUCAUCCUCCCCCACUUCACCGCAGACGACGCCCUCGAGAUCGGCCUCUCGAUCCGCAACCGUCUCCGGUCCCUCUCCCCCUUGGCGGCUGUGGUCUCCAUCUCCCUCGCAAACUCGUCCAACCUCUUGUUCCACGCCGUCUCGCGCCCGGGCAUCCAACCGGACAACGACAUCUGGGUGUCGCGCAAAAGAAAGACGGUGCUGAGAUGGGGAGUGAGUACGUGGUUCAUGCACAACAAGUUCAAGGGCGACGAAGAGGCCUUCUCGAAAAAGUACAUGCUGGGCGGCGAGGCGGCGGGGACCUAUGCGAUUCACGGCGGCGGUGUGCCCGUGAGGGUACAGGGUGUGGAGGGCAUUGUUGGGGUGGUGGUCGUGAGCGGACUCAAGCAGGAUCAGGACCAUAUGGUUGUUAUUGAGGCCUUGGACGAGUUUCUGGACCAGUGUACCAAGGAGGAGGGCCGAGGGGAGGGCAAAGCGCAUGAAGGGAGGUAG